AUAUUUGUCCAAACAAGUACAGUCUUGAGCCCGACGCGAGGACAGCAUGGAGAUGCAUUCGUCAGCGAUUUGUGGGGUUAUUGUUGUGUUUUUAGCGUUUGUACAUUUCAGUACUGUUUGUACCGCAGAAUCCGAAAUGAAUUUUACAGUGACUCUCCCCAAGGCUGGUCACUGUCCACGGCGUCUGAACGUGGUCCCAUCUAAGAGGGCAUGUGACUGUGACGACGAUUGUCCAGGAGGCCACAAAUGUUGCGUCUUCGACUGCGGUGCUGUUUGUGUCCCUCCUGUCUUCAGGAAGCCAGGAGUGUGUCCUCGCCGGAGAUGGGGAGCAGGAAUGUGUGCGGAGUUCUGCUCCGAUGACAGUGACUGUCCCAACAACGAGAAAUGCUGUCAUAACGGCUGUGGGCAUGAAUGCAUCGCCCCCUACACAGUGAAGCCAGGCCGCUGUGCCCAGCCCAAGGGGACACCCAUGUGUGCAGAGUACUGUUACCACGACGGCCAGUGUCCAGAAGAGCAGAAGUGUUGCCGGACAACUUGUGGCCACUCCUGCAGCGAGCCAUGCUGAUUGGUUAGGAGGUCAAACAUUCUGAGUUUGAGGUUUUUAAAGUACUGUAUGUCGUUGGUUCAUCUGAAAGCAAAGGAGUGCCUGAUUUUAUGAAGCAGGCUUACAUGUUUUUGUAGGCUAUGAGGUAGUGAAUGUUUUUUAUUGUUUGUACUGUUAUCACCAAAAUAAAACUUUCAACGUAAAA